AUGCCAAAAGGUCGAGUUCGGAUCGCUGAGCUACUGAUCCUGCUGGGUGCCGACCCAAGGAAGGCGGCAAAUUCCAGCGGCCAGUCGCCCUUGGCCGUGGCGUGUGAGAGGCAACAGUGGGACUUCGUGAAGUUCCUGCUGCUUCCGCAGCUCUCUUUGCAGGAGGCGGUGGAUGUCAACGAGGCAGACACUUCGGGUAACACCCCUCUGUGGUUUGCGGCACAGAAUGGCGGGUUUUCGAUUGCCAACCUGUUGCUCUUUGCUGGCGCCGACAGAGAUCGAGCGAACUUCUGCGGCCAAAGCCCUCUUUGGAUUGCUGCCCGAGAGGGCCACCUAAGCGUUGUGCAACUGCUGGUGCUGGCGGGUGCUGAUCGAGACCGGGAGGAUGAAGAAGUGUUCGCCUCCCCAGCGGAGGUCGCUGAAAAGGAGGGCCAUGUGGACAUAGCGCAGCUUCUCCGAACGUGGCAGCGAGAUCAAUAA